UAAAUAUUUUAAAAAAAAUAAGAAAACAAAAAUUUCUUCGUGCAAGUUGAAGUGGGAUAGGAAAGAAAGAAGGGUCUGGAAAGAAAAGGAAUCCCAAUUCCCAACCCAAACAACGCUUGAAGUGAAAAAAAGCUCUCAAUAAUCACUUCUUGCUGAUUUCACGUUUUGGUUUGCUAAAUAGACAUGACAUUGGGUCAAGCAUUGAACAUAUCAUUAGAGGGGGAUAGAAGAUCCGUGAGGAAUGUCAAAUAUCUGCAUGUUUGAGGUAUGAACUAUGAAAUACUUACGUAGCACCGUGGCUUGUAUUUACUGUCUCCGCUUCAAAUUCUGAUCUUAGCACGACGCAGAACAUACAGCCGGCCCAAAUUCGUUUCCAAUUAUGAGCGCAAAUAUAAUGGCAUUUUCCUCGAGUCACCUUUGGACUCUGCUCUCAUACAAUUUUGUCAAUCUUCAUUCAAAUUAAGACAUGAUUUUUUUAUCCCGAACUUGUUUAGAUGGUUGGAAAAUAUCUCAAACCCAAACUAGAGUAAGCUUGUUACAUUGGUAAUUUCACUGUAUAAGAUGCAAAUUAACUACAAAUUUCUUCUGACUAAAAUCAGUUAGCAAAUUAUUACUGCAUUGCACCGUUUUACUUUUCCUCUUAUAAGUGUCACUUCUCAUUUAUAAUAAACACACAUUUUUUUACCCCGUAUAAGUGCUUUUUUCUGCACCAACCAAAAAAUUUCCUCAUCUUCUUUUAGAUAACCUGUCAUUGAGAGUCAUUUAGGUUAAAGAUUUUUCAGCAUAAUUAGAGCUUGUUUCUUUUUUGUUCCAGUAACAUAUUCAUUUAAAUGAUUUUCCUUUCAUUGGCAUCCCUAUGGUGUGACAUCUUUGGCUUUGUUCCCUAGUGAGCAUUUCUAAGUACGUCAUUCUAAAUCAAUGAAGUCAACAUUGAGCAGUUUGUUGACCUGGAGAAAUUGUGACAAAUAUGCUGACCUAUUGCUAAUGCUCAGUGUCUGUAGCAUCAUAACCUUAAAAGCAGGCUAUUGUGCAAUCUAAGUUCAAAAGUGCUACGGAUGCAGAAGUGGCUUGGUAGCUAUUAAAUAAGACACCAGAAAGACUUCCCGUUAGAAACUUAUUGUGGAUUGGUGGUGGGUGUAGCUGAUGCUACUGUUUAUGUGAAUUGCAUAGAAUACAAUUCGUAUUAAAUGUUUGAAGAUAAUGUGUGGGAUAGAUUUGAUGAGAUUGAGAAUGAUGAUCUCAUAGUCCCCCAUUCUGGUAGCCCACACAAUAAUCAGUUUGUAAUAGAGGGUGAUGGCAGUAAGAAAUCACUACACAAAUUACGUGGUAUAAGGAGUAGCAAUCGUGUUAGUAGCUAUGGUACUCUGGGUAAAGAGGAAUUAUACUUGCAAAAUAUGACCCAGAAUGAAAGAAUGCCAGAAAAGGAUUCAUGGUCUGAAGGUGUAUUUUCUUCGUGUGACGGUGACUCAUACAGAGAAGAAAAAAGGCUAACUUCGGAUGAUACAGGCAUGUCUGACCAUUUUUUCAAGAGCAGCAAUAUAGAUUCUGGUGGCAGCGAGUUUUGUGCAGAUGAUACCGUCUCAGAAAACAAGUGUGUGGUGGAAGAUGAUAGUGCGUGUCAACAUUCAAAAAACCACACAUCUCAAGCUGAUAAUGAACUCAGCUUUCUUGAUAAUGAUGGGUGGCUGGAUAUAGGAAACUUAGAAGAUGUUGACAGGAUGUUAAGUUGUGAUUUAACUUUUGGAAUGGAGAGUCUCAAUAAUGAAGAGGAGUUCUGCUGGUUUUCUUCUUCGCAUGGCGCUGAAGGUUCCGAUGAUGCAUUAAUGUCUGACUUAAAGCUUCAUUGUGCAGACGUGAGUCCAUUAAAAAACAUAUCAGGAUACAAUAUGGAUUCCUCCAAGGAAAAUAUUGAAGUUCUUCCGAUCAAUGGUUCGAACAGAAAGUCAUCCCACGAUGAUAAGAAGAUAAGAUCUCAAAUGGAUGUGGAUGUCAACGGUGUCGCUGCUUCAUUAUCAAUGUUCAGUGAAUCAGACACAAAAUCCGGUCAUAAAGAUGCGUUGGUGCCCGAAGAAAAGAAGAAGCUUCCAAAGUCAUCAUCAGCAGGAAAGCGAAAAAUUGGCAAUUCUGUUCAUCUUUAUACUCCUCCUGAGCAAUACGGAGAUAUAAAUCAGCAGUUUGGAGCCUCUUCUAGUGGAGUUACUUCUCUUGAUAGUAAUCAGAAGCAAAAGCAGAACAUAGAUUAUGAUUCUUUAGGCUGCAUACAGACACAAAUUCAUUUAACGCACCCAGGCUUUAGUCAUGGUCCAAAUCACACUUCCCUCUCUUCGUCUUUCUAUGGACCAGGAGCUGAGCUUGAUGGACAUCGACCUCCUUUUAUACAAUCAUCUUAUGCUUCAAACACGGAGAGUUAUCACGGUCAUUCUUCGGAGGCUUCUGCCUUGGAAACAAAUGAGAAGAGGGAAAAGUAUCAUAACCAUGAUGAACACCUUGUAAGUAGGAGUUUCAAAAGUGAAAGAAGGACAAAUGAAAUGCCAUUUUACAGUCCAGGUUCUUCUCAGUUGGUAGCUCAUCAGUUUGAAAAUGAAAAUGAAGGUCAAAGUAAAGUUCGAGGGGUUAGUCUAGGAUUUUCAUCAGAAAUAGAUUCAUCAACUGUACAGGAAAGCUCACCCAUUAGCUCUGCUCUUGACCAAAACUCGUUUGAAGCAAAUAGCUUUUACCACCUGCAACAGUUGUUGGAUCAGUUGGAUAUUAAAACCAAACUGUGCAUAAGGGACAGUUUAUACCGCUUAGCUAAGAGUUCUGAGCAAAGACAUACUAAUUCAAAUGCAGAUGGCAUCAUUGGGGAUGGUACUGAAGCAUUCAAAGACACAAUGACGCAGGAUGCAAGCAGGUGUACAGGGUUCAUGGAUAUUGAAACCAACACAAAUCCGAUUGAUAGGUCUAUAGCACAUUUAUUGUUUCACAGGCCCACCGAUCAAUCAACGAUGCUUCAAAACAAUAUUGCACCUUUCAAAUCUAGUGCCGUGAUACAUGAAUCAGCUAUCAAUCCAGUAAAGGCUGAGAAUCAGGUCUUUCAGGAAGAUUUUUCUACCGAUGCAGAGAAAAAGCUUUUAGGGGGUUACACCAAAUGAAUGUGAAACCAGGUUUAGCACAUCAUGUUGUUGUAGCUUAUAGUUUUCAUGCCAUCGUAUAAGAUGUUGUAUAAUCAUUUUAAACCUACUUAGAUCCCAUUUUAAAUUUGUGAUCCAGUUUUGCAUUGAAUGCCACGACACUGAUGUACAUUUGUAAUUCGUAGCGUGAUACCGAUGCACAUUUUACAUUUGUGCUGAUCAUAAGGGAGAAAUAUAUGAUGUAUUGUAAUGGGUUUAAGUCUUCAUUUAGAGACAUAAACAAACAUGCAUAGAAGUAUGUAACUUUA